UGGUCGACUGCCCUAUCUGCAAACACCAGUGUCACCUGAAGGAUGUCGUGGAGAAUUACUUCCUGAGGGACAGUGGGGCCGAGGCGGCUGCCACCAGCCAGGGGUCGAGUCAGUGCUGUACCAGCUGCGAGGAUAACGCGCUGGCCACCAGCUACUGUGUGGAGUGCUCAGAGCCGCUCUGCGAGACCUGCGUGGAAGCCCACCAGCGGGUCAAGUACACCAAGGACCACACGGUCCGGGCCACAGGCAGUGGCAAGGCAAAGGAGGGGGAGCGUGCCGUGUACUGCUCCGUGCAUAAGCAUGAGCCCCUGGUGCUCUUCUGCAACACGUGUGACACACUGACCUGCCGUGACUGCCAGCUCAACGCGCACAAGGACCACCAGUACCAGUUUCUGGAGGACGCAGUGAGGAACCAGCGCAAGAUGCUGGCGACACUGGUGAAGCGCCUGGGGGACAAACACGCCAGCUUGCAGCGCUCCACCAAGGAAGUGCGCAGCUUCAUCCGCCAGGUGACGGAUGUGCAGAAGCGGGUGCAGGUGGACGUAAAGAUGGCCAUCCUCCAGAUCAUGAAGGAGCUCAACAAGCGUGGCAAGGUGCUGGUGAGCGACGCUCAGAAGGUGACGGAGGGGCAGCAGGAGAAGCUGGAGCGGCAGCACUGGGCCAUGACCAAGCUGCAGCGGCACCAGGAGCACAUCCUUCGCUUCGCCUCCUGGGCCCUGGAGAGCGACAAUAGCACCGCUCUGCUGCUCUCCAAGAAGCUGAUCUACUUCCAGCUCCACCGCGCCCUCAAGAUGAUAGUGGACCCUGUGGAGCCGCAGGGUGACAUGAAGUUCCAGUGGGACCUCAAUGCCUGGACCAAGAGCGCCGAAAGCUUUGGCACCAUCAUCUCGGAGCGCAGCCUUCCCCCCCCCCCCCCCGCGGGCCCCCAGCCCCCAGCCCCCAGCCCUGCCGCGGGUGCCUCACAGGGGCCCCGGCAAGCCACGGUGGUGAGCAAAGGGCAAUAUGCCCCCGGCCCCCUCCUGCAGCCUCUGACGGGCCCCCAAAUAGGGGCUGAGGAGGGGCAGGGGGCACCCGCCAAUGGCCCCCUCGAAGCUGCUGUCACAGGAGUGAAGAGGAGAAAACACGUUAAUCCUCCUGGGGAGGAGGAGAAGUUCAUUAAGAAGCUGCCCAUUAAGCGGAGCUGCCCGCCCGGGGGCCUUGUGAGUGCCCUCCUCCACAAGGUGCCACGGGUCAGCCUGGAGCGGCUGGACCUGGAUCUGUCGGGAGCGGCACAGCCCCCCGUCUUCCGUGUCUUCCCCGGCACCUCGGCCGAGGACUUCAGCCUCAUCGUCAUCGAGCGGGGGGCGCAGCCGCAGCCCCCCGUGCCCCUCGCCAUCAAGGAGGAGCAGCAGGAGGCGGCCAUCGGGGACACCCAGGACACCAAGCCAGUGGGGCUGCUUCCUGAGCACCCCAGGGUGCCGGGAGUCCCCGGCCCCUCGUUGGGGCUGGGAUCUGUCCCCCCAGGAGCACCCCCCGCCCCCGGUGUCUCCUGUUGCCGUGUCUGCUGCCAGGCCGGUGCCGUGGUGAUGUGCGACCGUUGCGACCGUUGCUACCACCUCGAUUGUCACCUCCCUGCCCUACAGGAGGUCCCCAGCCCCGAGUGGAAGUGUCUGCUGUGCCAGGACCUGCCACCCCCCAGUGAGGACCUCGUCGAUGGCUUCAAGGAGGGGCCACCCCACAAACUCUGCCCCCUGGACCAGCAGAAAUGUGAGUACGUGCUGCUGGAGCUGCUCUGCCAUGAUCCCUGCCGGCCCCUUCACCGCCUCUCCAGCUCCCCGGAGGACCAUGACGCCAUCGACCUGACCCUCAUCCGCGCCAGGCUGCAGGAGAAGCUCACCCCCCACUACCGCUGCCCCGAGGAGUUUGCCUGCGACGUCUGGAGGAUGAUCCGGCAGUUCAACCAGCUAACCGAGGACAAGGCGGAUGUUCAGUCCAUCCUGGGCCUGCAGCGGUUCUUCGAAGCCCGGCUCAACGCCGCUUUUGGUGACCGCAAAUUCUCCACCCUCUUCCUCGAGCCUGUCAUCCCUGUGGAUGAGGCCGAAGGCUCCCCAGUCCCCCCCGCCGGCCCUCUGGGCCUCUGA